CGUGGUGAGGGUAGCUGCAGUUGUGAUAGCGGCGUUAGUGGUGUUGGCGGCGGCGGUGGCGGUGGUGGUGAUACUGGUGUUGAGGAUACGUAACACCAUCUACUUCUGCGUCUUCUUCACCAUCAUCAUCAUCAUUGACUUCUGUUGAUUCUGAAAGAGGCCACCAGUCCAUAUAGCUCAUCUUCCUCCUCUUCAUCUUCCUCCUCCUCUUCCUCACUCACUCACUCACUAUCUUCCUCCUCCUCCUCUUUCUCCAUCUUUUUAAUUGUCUUCCUCUUGCCCCGUAUUCUUCCUCCUCUUUCUCUUCUUCGACCUCCUCCGACCUCCUCUCAGUACUCGCCUUCCUUCUUUAUCUAUCCUUCCUCCUCCUCCUCCUCCUCGUCUUCAGUUCGUCUCUCACAAAAGGCCAGGAUGGGCUCCUUCAUGGGUCACGUCGUCCCCGGGGCCUUCUUCGGCCUGUUCGCCCUGCGCUGGACCUUCUGCGUCCUGCAGCGCUACCACGCGGGGCGGCGCGCGGCGGGCACGCACGGCGGCGGCAAUCACACGCCCUACCUCAGCACUCUCACCUUCCCGUGCCGCUGCCUGCCCCACCUGCCGCUGGAGGGCUGCCUGAAGGUGACGGCGGUGGCGGUGGGCAUGACAGCCGAGUUCAUCACCGCCUUCAAGAACGGCCGCUUCACGCACCUCGGCAACGCCCAGCACAUGACGAUGUUCUUCUUCUUCGGCCUCAACGGCAUCGUGGACAUCCUGCUCCACUACCGCGCGCCGCUCCCGCCCGCCGCUGACUACCUGUCCGGCACGCUGGCCUUCUGCAUGGAGGGACUGCUCUUCCUCUACCACCUGCACGGGAGAACCCCCAUGGACGUGCAGGUGCACAUGCUUCUGGAAUACGUGAUCGCGGGGAACAUCAUAGCGGCGGUACUGGAAAUGUGCUACAGAAGGAAUGUGCUGCCGGCCCUCAUGCGCUGCUAUUUCACGCUCCUGCAGGCCACGUGGUUCUUUCAAGCCGGGUUCAUUCUGUACCCACCAAUCGGGCGACACUGGGACGAACAUGACGAGGGCCAGAUGAUGAUCGUGACCCUCAUCUUCUGCUGGCACAACGCGGCCGUCUUCGUCUUCAUCCUCGGCUCCGCCCUCGCCACUAACUCCAUGGUGAAGGCGCUCCCCCCCGCCGGCAUCUACCGCAUCCUUCACCCCCUCACCGUCAUCUCCUCUUCGGCCUCUUCUUCGGCGGCGACAAACCUCUCGAAGCUUGACGCCGAGCAGGUGCGGAGAAUCAUUGAGGAGUCGGAGGAGGAGGACGUGUAGUGUAGUGUAGCUGGUGGUGGUGGUGAUGGUGGUAGUGGUGGUGGUAACGGGUUAUGACGGGUAGUAUAGUAGGUUCUGCUAGAUUCCGCGCCUAGGCAGGUUGGUAAGCUUGCAGCUGAUUAGCUGUUCCAUGUAUUGAAAACACAGAGUUAUUUAUAGCAACAUGUCACUCCCCGCAACCAUCACGGCGCGCGCGAUGCGCUGCGUGAUUGUUAAAAAAAAAAAAAAAAAAUGUGUCGCGCGCGCCGUGAUGGUUGCGGCGAGUGAUAUGUUGCUUUAAAUAACUGUGUUUUCAAUAUGUGGAGCUUUAUCUGCAUUCUGAUCACACUAUCGUAUUCACGAGAGAUUUUUCUAUGUAACGUAAUAAUAUAUUUCUGCAGUCAAUGAACAACUGUUGAAAAUUGUGAGCAUAAUUAAAACAUGUUAUAAACAUUUUUUUAACAUCUUCACGGUUUAACUCAUCGUAAUACCAUUUUCUUUUUUGUUUUGUCGAGUUUUUACAACACAUCUUGAUUCUACAGUCACUGCUGAGUCUGAUGGUGUCAACCAAAACUGGCUAGCUCGUAUAUGAGUUGAGCUAUGGCAUAUAAUAUAGAAACAUGUCUCACUUGAGCAUGCAAGAUGUGGUCCGACAUGAGUGUUAGCGGGAGAGCGGUGCAGCCAAUCAGCUGCAACCUUUCCAACCUGCCUAGACGGAAUCUAGCUUAAGUGAACAUGGUAUAGUGAUGGUUGUUAUGCUGGUAAUGGUAGUGGUUGUAUUUUGUGGCCAUAUUUUUUCCCCUCUCACUUCCCCUUCAUCCUUCUUUCUCCUUUCCUUCCUUUCCCUCCCCCAUCUCACCCCUCCCUUCCUUUCCUUCCCCAUCUCUCCCCUCCCUUCCUUUCCCUCCACCAUCUCACCCCUCCCUUCCUUUCCCUCCUCCUUCUCUCCCUCCCUUAUCCUUCCAUUUCUCUCUCCUUCCUUUCCCUCCUCCUUCUCUCCCUCCCUUAUCCUUCCAUUUCUCUCUCCUCUCCUUCCUUUCCCUUCCCUCCCCAACUUCUCUCCCUCCCCUUCCUUUACCUCCCCAACUCUUCUCCCUCCUCUUCCCCUCCAUCUCCUUCUCCUUUCCUUCUCUCUCUCUCCCCUCUCCCUCUCCUCCUCCACCAUCCCUCUCCCUUUCUCUUCCUUCUCUCUUCCUAUCACCCUUCCCUUCACUCCCCCUUCCAUCUCUAUCUUUUCCUUCCUUCUCCCACCCCAUCUCCUCUCUUCCCCUUCCUCCUCCAUGCCGUCCUUCUCUCCUUUCCUCCCUUUCCCUCCCAACUCUAAUCAUUCUACCUCCUUUCCUCUUUCCUCUCCUCCCUCCCCUCCCUUUCCCCUCCUUGCCCCUCUCCUUUUCUCUCUCCCCAUCUCCUCCCCUUCCCCUUCUCCCUCCCCCUCCCUACCAUCACUCCACUCACGAUGAUAAAUAUAAGAAAAUUCCAACUCGACAUUAUCACAAUUUCUGUACAUUUUCCGAUACGCUGUUAAGGUUACGGAAGUUUACCCAAGACAAAGAGUAUAUUGUUAGUCUAAGGCCGUCCAGUGGAGCUUAUCACCUGCCCUUAAUGAGCCGUGAUAACCAGGUGUGCAAAGGUGAAGUUGUUUUCAUCUGUUACGUGUGUGUGUGUGUGUGUGUGUGUGUGUGUGUGUGUGUGUGUGUGUGUGUGUGUGUGUACCCAAGCUGUAUAUGAUUGUAUUUUCCUGUAUUGUCAGCACGAAAUACAAGAAUGUGAUUUUAGGA